AUGGAACGAUUUCGGAACGCUUCUCGCAAGAACUCCACCUGGGAACGACGGGAAUAUAGGUACCAGAAGGAUGGCGAUAGCUAUCACCUAGUCGAGGAAUUUGCACCGGAGACUGAAGCACGAGCGUUACUCGAAGGUCAAUCGCUGUUGAAGUUAAUGUACGCCAAAACUAUGGGAUGUACUACGGGAAAAGGCCGCCUUUUCCUCACAGGUGGUGCGUCAGCUAAUCCCGAUUUGCAGAGGAUUCUCUCUGAUGUCUUCGCCAUGGACACCUACAUAUUGAAUGUUCCAGAUUCUGCGGCUUUGGGUGGAGCUAUGCUCGCCAGAAUACGGUAA